CCCCAGUCUCCAGCCCCCCCCCCCCCCCCCCCAACUCCACCCAGGUCACCGCAUCUAGGUCACCGCCUCGCCAUGGCCGGGGACUGGCAGGAGCUGGGCCAAGCGGCGGCCAUCGGCCUCCUCUUCGCCUACCUGGUCGCCAAGCUCAUCUCCACCGUGAUCGCCUUCAAGGAGGACAACCUCCGCAUCACGCGCUCCCCUCCGUCCUCCCCCACCGCAGCAGCCCCCGCCCCGGCCACCCCGUUCCCCGCGGAGCCUCGCCUCCCCUCCCACGACGGCUCCACCGACGGCGGAAGCGCCAGCGACAGUGACUGGGAGGGCGUGGAGAGCACCGAGCUCGACGAAGAGUUCAGCGCCGCCUCCGCCUUCGUCGCGGCCUCCGCCGCCUCCGGCACCAGCGUCCCCGAGGAGGCGCAGCUGCGCCUCUACGGCCUCUACAAGAUCGCCACCGAGGGGCCCUGCACCGCGCCGCAGCCAUCCGCGCUCAAGCUCAAGGCCCGUGCCAAAUGGAAUGCUUGGCAUAAGCUGGGUGCUAUGCCUACAGAAGAAGCUAUGCAAGAGUACAUCACAAUUGUUCAGGAGCUAUUCCCUAACUGGGAUGCAGGUGCAAGUGCGAAAAGGAAAGAUGAAGAUAACAUGGCUUCUGCAUCAGCUUCGAAGGGGCCCAUGGGACCUGUGUUUAGCAGUUUGAUGUAUGAGGAAGAUGAAGGAAAUGAUUCAGAACUUGGUGACAUCCAUGUUUCGGCGAGGGAAGGAGCAACUGAAGACAUAGUGAAGUUUCUGGCAGCUGGUGUGGAAGUCAACGUGAGAGAUACUGAAGGUAGAACUCCGUUGCAUUGGGCUGUUGAUCGUGGCCAUCUAAGUGCUGUUGAGGUUCUUGCUAAAGCAAAUGCAGAUUUGAAUGCUAAGGACAAUGAAGGGCAAACAGCACUCCACUAUGCUGCCGUUUGUGAAAGAGAAGACAUUGCAGAAUUGCUCGUCAAGCAUCAUGCUGAUCUUCAGAUCAAGGAUGAGGAUGGGAACACAGCACAGGACUUGUGCCCUUCGAGCUGGUCUUUUAUGAACCAGGCAAACUGACAACACGAAUAUACAGAUAUGCUAAGUGUCAUCUGCCAAGAAACAUGCUACCUUACAUUAGCUGUAUCCUAAGCCCAUACCGCACUUGGUCAUGUGCUCUUUCGUUAUGGGGACAUAUGGUGUAUCUAGUGUCCUGUUUGAAGUGUGGGAACUUAGACAAGUUGUUUGCCGCGACAUCUGCUGUACGUGGUGCCCUCUGUGAAGGUUGGGAAAUCAGAUGAGUUGUUUUUUAUCGACCUCAUCGAACCAGUUGUCAAAAGUCAAGUCCUUGCAGUAUUAGUGCUGGGAGAUACAUGUAAUGCUUUACUAAGAAGAAUUGUGCUGAACACCAAUGGUCUGUUACUGUUAGUGAAAGUAACUCCAAUCGUACAUGGUUCAUGAGUUAUUUUUUGGCAAUUCGUGAACCUGUUGUACCUUGUUA